AUGAACACCGCUCUACGCACAGUCAAGAUGACCCCCAAAGGCCGCGAUCCUAUCUCACUCGACUCGAUCAACAUCCGCGGCUCCACAAUUCGAUACUAUAUCCUACCCGACAGUCUCCCUCUUGAUACCCUCCUUGUAGACGACCAGCCUAAGCCAAAGAACAAGGCGCGAAAAGAGAGUGAUCGUGGCGGUCGCGGUGGUCCAAGAGGUGGCCCUGGAGGUCCAAGAGGGCGUGGUGGACGAGGUGGUGGCAGAGGUCGUGGACGGGGCCGUGGAUUCUAG